CACCACUCUCACAAAAGCUCCACCCGAUUCUUCAACCUCUUCGAACUCCUCAACGCCCUAAUCCUAUAAGCCUCUUCCUUUUUCCUCCCCCCCCGUCUCUCCCUCCUCUCUUUCCUAUCCUCAUUCCUCGAGUUCCUUACUUUCACACAUUCGGGACACAGACCAACCCUGCAAGGUGCAUAUGCAUCUCCAUUUUGCGUUACACUUUCCACUCUUCUGUUCUGAAGUGACCAUGCUCCACAGGGGUGAGGACGGGACUCGGCUGCUGGGCAACGGACGGGUUCUUGGACUUUGUGGGCGCAGGUGAUGUAUUUGACUUUUCGCCAUUUGCACAUUAUUGGGACGGUUGGUUGGUGGGCAGAGAGUCCUUUUUGCUGAAUGUGGUUUGAUGGGUGGGAGAUUUGCUUCAUGAGGCGAGAGUAUCGUUGCUGGCUUGUUGUGCAAGUCGAGGAUGAUGGCGAAGUAAUUUGACGAUGGAUGACUGCUUGAAGAAAAAAUGCUUGGACGGAUGAUUACCCAAAGAGAUAAUAAUGGUGAUGAGAUGAACAGAUUCUCGACUCUCAGUCCUCUUCCACAACUGGCAGUCGUUGCUGCCAUACCUCAUCAUGCGAAAGAAAUCUUCUCCUCCAUGACUUGGGAAAAAGGCAAGAGCAGCCCCCCAAACUCCAUCAAUUUCCUUCCCAUCCCAUCCUUUACACAUCUUUCCCAAAUCACCUCACACAAUCUGAACAAUAUCCCACAACAGCAGGUACAUACACAACAUCAUUCGCCGUAACACUCUGCACACAAUUGCUUGCUUGCUCCCAAUCUCCACACCGAACCCCUCGUCGUCGUGCUAAUCGACAUUCCAAAAGAUCAUUGAUUAUAUGCUUGCAAGCAAUGUAGUAUACUCUUCGAUGUUUGCACAUUAUUACUUCGAAGCAAAUAGUGGAUGUUCGCAGAAAGGAGGCUUGUGUCGAU